AGAGAGGAGGCUUCAAUCCCAUUGGUGGAUGGUCGGCCGGGACGACAGGAGACAAACUCCAGGAAAACUGACGGAGCUGGCGCACGAUGUAACGGGAAGGUUACAUUUCUGCGUAAAGAGGAAACUUUGAAUGGACAUGAGGAUAUUUUGGGACCAUUUGCGACUUCUAACAGAAACGCCGGACCUAUAAGGAAAAAAAAACGCAUUAUUAACUUUCACUAGUCGAAGCUACAGGGGUAUUUUUAAACCGUUUAUGACCUUAAUCAAACAUGACUGAAAUGACUGUUUGACGAAUGAAAAUGCGCAUCGACCACACCGCCGUCCACUGAGGAGAGUAGGUGCUCAGAAGCCCGCCAAUGUUCACUUUUUGUCGGCACUUCAAAGCAAUUUGUUAAAACAUUCAUCCACGGGCUUCAGUGAGGAAAAUAAGGGUAGCAGCAUGGCAGAGCACGAGAGCCUGGAGUAUGGAAAAGCAGAUUUUGUGCUUUUGGACAACGUGUCUAUGGAAGAGUUCAUGACUAACUUAAAACUCAGGUUUGAGAAGGGCAGGAUCUACACCUACAUCGGAGAGGUGGUAGUGUCCGUCAAUCCUUACCGUGCCAUGAACAUCUACGGCCGCGACAUCGUAGAGCAGUACAAGGGCCGCGAGCUGUACGAGAGGCCGCCCCACCUGUUCGCCAUCGCUGAUGCUGCUUACAAAGCCAUGAAGAGGAGGAACAAAGACACUUGUAUUGUUAUCUCAGGGGAAAGUGGAGCAGGAAAGACAGAAGCCAGCAAGUACAUAAUGCAAUACAUAGCUGCUAUCACCAAUCCCAAUCAGAGGGCUGAAGUUGAAAGGGUGAAAAACAUGCUGCUCAAAUCCAACUGUGUCUUGGAGGCCUUCGGGAACGCCAAGACCAACCGCAACGACAACUCCAGCCGCUUCGGCAAGUACAUGGACAUCAACUUUGAUUUCAAGGGAGAUCCCAUUGGAGGCCACAUCAGCAACUACCUGCUGGAAAAGUCCAGGGUCAUUUUCCAACAGGAAGGAGAGAGGAGCUUUCAUUCAUACUACCAGCUGCUCAGAGGAGCUCCAGAUUCCCUGUUACGCUCUCUUCACAUGCAGAAGGAUCCGACGGCUUACAACUACAUCAAAGUUGGAGGCCAAAUUAAGUCUUCCAUCAACGAUGGCGCUGAUUUCAAAGCUGUAGCUGAUGCCAUGAAAGUGAUCGGUUUCACAGGGGAUGAGAUUCAGACUGUUUACAAGAUCCUGGCCACCAUCCUACAUCUGGGCAACCUGACAUUCGGGGUGGAUGGUGAUGUGACCUUGAUAGAGAACACAAAGCUGGUGUCUGUGAUCAGGGAGCUGCUGUCCACCAAAGAAGAAAACGUGGAGAAGGCCCUGCUCUACCGCACCGUGGCCACGGGUCGAGACGUCAUCGAGAAGCAGCAUACGGCACAAGAGGCCAGCUACGGACGGGACGCUCUAGCCAAGGCCAUGUACGAGCGCCUGUUCUGCUGGAUUGUGGGACGAAUCAAUGACAUCAUUGAGGUGAAAAACUACGAUGCCAGAGUCCACGGAAAGAACACAGUCAUCGGUGUGCUGGACAUCUAUGGUUUUGAGAUUUUCCAGAACAACAGCUUUGAACAGUUCUGCAUCAACUACUGUAAUGAAAAGCUGCAGCAGCUUUUUAUCCAGCUGGUGCUGAAGCAGGAACAGGAAGAGUAUCAGCGAGAAGGCAUCCCCUGGAAACAUAUUGAUUACUUCAAUAACCAGAUCAUUGUGGAUUUGGUGGAGCAGCAGCAUAAGGGCAUCUUCUCUGUGCUGGAUGAAGCCUGUAUGAAUGUGGGCAAAGUCACGGAUGAGGUUUUCCUUCAAGGACUCAACGGCAAGCUGGCCAAACACGCCCACUACACCAGCCGCAAGCUCUCACCAACUGACAAGAGUUUGGAGUUUGACCGAGACUUUCGCAUCAGACACUACGCAGGAGAUGUGGUGUACUCGGUGGUGGGUUUUAUUGAUAAGAACAAAGACACGCUGUUCCAGGAUUUCAAGAGACUGCUGUAUAACAGUUCUAACCCAGUUCUGAAGGCGAUGUGGCCUGAGGGCAAACUGAGCAUCACUGAGGUCACCAAACGCCCACUAACCGCUGCAACGCUCUUCAAAAACUCCAUGAUCUUGUUGGUGGAGAACCUGGCCAGCAAGGAACCCUACUAUGUUCGCUGCAUCAAGCCCAACGACGUCAAGUCCCCUCUACUCUUCGAGCAGGAGCGCUGCCGCCACCAGGUGGAGUACCUCGGGCUGCUGGAGAAUGUCAGAGUGCGGCGUGCCGGCUUCGCCUACAGACAGACAUACCCUCGCUUCCUACAGAGAUACAAGAUGAUCUCAGAGUUUACGUGGCCAAACCAUGACUUGCCAUCAGAUAAAGAUGCAGUGAAGAGGCUCAUGCAGGGGUGUGGAUUUGACCAUGACACGGCCUAUGGAAAAACCAAGGUCUUCAUCCGCACACCACGUACCCUCUUCAGCCUGGAGGAGCAGCGAGUGGAAAUGGUCCAGAGAAUUGUCCUCUUCCUCCAAAAGGUGUGGAGGGGCACCAUAGCCAGAAUGCGAUAUCGGCGGAUGAGAGCGGCCCUCGUCAUCCUGCGGGCCUACCGACGCUAUAAGGUGAAAUCUUACAUCCGCGAGGUCAACCGGCGCUUCAAAAAUGUCCGAUCCAUGAAGGACUAUGGCAGGCAUGUGAAAUGGCCAACGCCCCCCAAAGUCCUGCGCAAGUUUGAAGAGGCACUCAGGAGCAUCUAUAACAGGUGGUGGGCAUGGACACUGAUCAAAGGUCUCUCUCCAGAAGAGGCCCUGCAGGUGAGGGCCAAGGUAGCCAGCCUGGAGGCCCUGAAGGGCCAGAGGGCCGACUUGGGGCUACAGAGAGCCUGGGAAGGAAACUACCUGAAGCGAGACAGCGCUGAUACGGCUGCAUCAUUCACACUGGUUUCCAGCGAGCUGCAGCGAAAAGACAAAUUCAUGAGAGUUUUGUUCUCCUGCAACGUGCGCAAGAUCAACCGUUUCCACAAGGCGGAGGACCGGGCUGUGCUCAUCACUGACCGCCACCUGUACAAGAUGGACCCCCUGAAGCAGUACAAACCCAUGAAAAGCAUCCCCCUCUACAACGUGACGGGAGUGAGCGUGUCCCCUGGGAAGGACCAGCUGGUUGUGUUCCACACCAAGGACAGCAGGGAUCUCGUGGUGUGCCUGCAGGGCAUGGUGCCGGCCAAUGAGAGCCGCAUCGGAGAGCUGGUUGGCACCCUACUUAGCCACUUCAAGAGUGAGAAGAGGAAGCUGCAGGUGAACAUCGUGAGUCCCAUCCAGUGCAGCAUGAGCGGGAGGAAGUGCACGGUCAUCGUCGAGCCCAAGAUCAACCAAUCGCAGCCAGACUUCACCAAGAGCCGAUCUGGUUACAUCCUGGCCGUUCCGGGCAACUAAAA